UUAGCGACAGAAGGGAGCACCGCUACUAGUGACUGCAUUGUAUCGUGUUUCCAAGGGGAGCUAGAGCGGCGCCCUUGCUGGUGUCCAGUGCCGGUGGCGGCGGGGGAAGCCCGGUCCGGCCGGGGGUGGGGACGCAACCAUGAGUUUGGCUUUCAGGAAUGAUCUUGCAGUAGACAAAACCAAAAGGAAGAAAAAAAGAGAACUGACUGAAGAACAGAAGCAAGAAAUUAAAGAUGCUUUUGAGUUGUUUGACACAGACAAAGAUAAAGCAAUAGAUUAUCAUGAGUUAAAGGUGGCAAUGAGAGCUUUGGGUUUUGAUGUAAAAAAAGCUGACGUAUUAAAAAUACUUAAAGAUUAUGAUAGAGAUGCAACAGGCAAAAUCACCUUUGAAGACUUCAAUGAAGUUGUGACAGACUGGAUAUUAGACAGAGAUCCACAAGAAGAGAUACUCAAAGCAUUCAAAUUAUUUGAUGAUGACGACUCAGGUAAAAUAAGCUUGAGAAAUUUACGUCGUGUUGCUAGAGAACUGGGUGAAAACAUGAGUGAUGAAGAACUGCGGGCUAUGAUUGAAGAAUUUGAUAAAGAUGGAGAUGGAGAAAUCAAUCAGGAGGAGUUUGUUGCUAUUAUGACUGGAGACGUGUGACGUUACAAGAAAGCAAACUCUGCAGCAAAAAAAGAGAUGUGGAGGAACAAAAGAGGAAACAACUAUCCCUUCUUCGUCUCAACUGCAAAAUGACUUACCUCAUCCUAAUUAUUUCCUGUGUCAAAUAAGCAGCAACUUCUUCCUGAGACAAGUUAAUUCAAGAUGCUGCUGUCAAAGCCUUUAUAGUCUGUCACCUCCUCAUUUAAGUCAUUCCACUGUUUUGCCAUUGUUCUGCACCACUAAUUUAAAUGUCUUUAAAAAUCCCUCGGACAUGUAUAUAGCCCCAUGACUUGACUUCUGCAAGUUAUGCCAAUCUCAAUAUUUCUUCAUCUUCAUCUCUCAAAUAUUUGUGCCUUCUGCCAUACUGUUCCUCAUGUAUGGAAUAGCACGUCGCCAUUGCACUGCCAUGGUAAAUCCCACACUAAUUCAGAUCCAUCCUAAACAAAUAUUUUCCCUAUGAAAAGUUAGGGGAAGGUAAAAUUGGCCAAAUAGCACAGCAAAAACCUCUAAAUGUUUACAUGUCUCUGCUCAAUUAAUAUCUGCGUUAUCCUAUUAUUGUCACACUGUACUUUCCUCUCUGAUUCCUCCUCCUACUCCUUUCUCCUUUUUUGUCUGUUGAUACUGCCACCUUGUGUUGUAUUGUAUUUAGAUUGCAUACUUUGCAGAGUCUUUAUGGUUGUGUCUUAUUUUGGUGAAGUGCCUGCUUCCUUUUUGAAGCUUCAGAUUUUUUUUCUGUUGUUCCCAUUGCUAUCAAUAAAUGUGUAAGCCCUGAA